UAAACUUCCUGAGGAAAGACAGACGCCCUCAUUUGAAUAUCCCAUUCCCACUUCUAGAAAGUUCUCACACUGGAUAUAUAGAGCAGGAGACCGUGUUACAGUUACACUUUCCACAGGACACAACUGAGAGGAGACGCCCAGCGAAUCUGUGCCAGGCUGCCACAGCUGCUUUUGGAGACAGACAGGAUGUGGAUGACAAACGUUGUAGCUCUCUGCCUGCUGGCCGUCGUGGCCUCUGCAGAGGACAAGAAGCUGAGCAGCCAUGCCACAACUCUGGCUGAUAACAGCGCCAAUCUGGCCUUCAGCCUGUACCACAACAUGGCAAAGGAUGGUGAUACGGAGAACAUCCUCAUCUCUCCUGUGGUGGUGGCCUCCUCUCUGGGGAUGGUGGCUCUUGGCAGCAAGGCCGCCACUGCCUCCCAGGUCAAAACCGUCCUCAGUGCUGACAAACUGAAAGAUGAGCAUCUGCAUGCAGGCCUGUCCGAGCUGCUCACCGAGGUGAGCGAUGCCAAGAAACGCAACACUACCUGGAAGAUCAACAACCGCCUCUAUGGCCCCAGCUCCGUCUCCUUUGCUGAUGAGUUUGUGAAAAGCAGCAAGAAGCACUACAACUACGACCAUUCGAAAAUAAACUUCAGGGACAAGAGGAGUGCGGUGAACUCCAUCAACGAGUGGGCUGCCAAGUCGACAGGUGGCAAGCUGCCAGAGAUCACCAAGGAUGUGCAGAACCCAGACGGAGCCAUGAUUGUCAACGCUAUGUUCUUCAAACCUCACUGGGAUGAGAAAUUCCAUGAUAAAAUGGUGGACACACGUGGUUUCCUGGUAACUCGCUCAUUCACCAUUGGGGUUCCCAUGAUGCAUCGCACAGGUCUCUAUGACUUCUUUGAGGACACAGAGAACAACAUCUUCGUGCUGAGCAUGCCUCUGGGCCAGAAGCAGGCUUCCAUGAUCCUCAUCAUGCCCUACCACCUGGAGCCCCUGCAACGCCUGGAGAAACUCCUGACCAGGAAGCAGGUGGACACCUGGCUCAGCAAGAUGGAGAACAAGGCUGUGGCCAUUUCCCUCCCCAAAAUAUCACUGGAUGUCAGUCACAACCUGCAGAAACACCUGGCUGCGCUCGGCCUGACCGAGGCUGUGGACAAAGCCAAGGCUGACUUGUCCAACAUCUCCGGAAAGAAGGACCUGUACCUCUCGAACGUCUUCCACGCGUCAGCCUUGGAACUGGACGUGGAUGGAAACCCGUUCGACGCCAGCAUCUUCAGCUCCGACAAGCUGAGGAACCCCAAACUUUUCUACGUAGAUCACCCCUUCAUUUUCCUGGUGAAGGACAACAAGACCAACUCCAUCAUGUACAUCGGCAGGGUGGUUAGACCUAAAGGAGAAAAGAUGCGUGAUGAGCUAUAGUGUUGUGAAUUGUGUUGCUUAGCUGUGUUAUUUGUGAAAAGAUGGCAGGAAACAUUCGAUAUUUCUGGUAUGUCUGUUACCUCAUGAGCACAUUCCGGUAGGCAAUCUGUGUACUGAGUAUCUGAGCUGUUUCUAGACACACUAAACCUUCCCAGGGAACAAUUCUGUAUGAACAGCCAUAAGCCACUUUGGAUUGCAUAAUGCUCUCACUUACAAAUAUGUAUUUGAGAUUUCCAUGAACACCAGUUGGCUCAGCAGACAGCAUGCUUAUAUUAAGUAUGAUCUCUUUUUCGUUUCACCCUGUUCUAUUCGGCGACAAUCCGUGCGUGCUUUCUUGCAUUAUCUUUAAUGUUUAAAGAAAAAAAGACCUUUGCACAAUCUUAUUGAGCAGUUCUGUCCCAAUCCUUUCCUUUCACUCUCACAGUUUUUUUUUUAUUUCGCACCAGUCUGCACUGAAUUGUUCCUCUGCACCAGAUGAGCCUGCAGAGAAAAGGUGGCAAGUAUCUGGUGUUUCCUUUGUGUUCACUUGCCAACCAAUCUGUGUCAUCCUCAAUGCUGUAGGUAUUUUCCACAGAGAAGCUGCAGGAAUUGUGUGAUUACAAAAUAAUGUGUUCAUUUUUCAAUAAAAACGAAGAAAA